AUGUCUACCACCCUUGAACUGUUGGCGGAACUGCAACAAGCAGCGCAAAGAGAAGCCAAUGGCGACAAAUAUGCACACCUCGAGCUACUCAAGGGCGUGCAGAGACUGCAAAAUAUCGUCACCACACCGGCGGAGAAGAUGAUGAGGAUGCGAUUCCAAGCUUACCAGAACGUGUGCGUGCGCGUGGCUCAAGAAAAGGGCAUCUUGCAGACGCUGGCAGCAAAACGCAAGAGCACUGCCCGAGAGCUGAGUGAUGCCACGGGGGCCAAAGAGCUGCUUAUAGUGAGGAUAAUGAGACUCAUCACCAUCAUCGGGAUUGCCGACGAGGUUGGGCCCAGCACAUACCAGGCCAACGCGACGACAGACUUUAGUGUCAAGAAGGGCAUUCUUGGCGACGUCAAGUAUUACACGGAUAUCGUUUUGAAGCUCUGCAGCAACAUGGGACCAAUCGCCAAGGCUCACGACUUUGAUGAAAUAGAUGUACACACCUUUACAUUUGGCAAAUCAAUGUUUGAGUUUACGGCAGAGAACCCCGAGUACGGCAAGGCUUUCGACGACUUCAUGACAGCUCGCCGCGAGGCUACUUGGGACAGGUGGUUUGACAUUUUCCCAGUCAGGGAAAAGGUCAAGUCUACCGACAUUGGCGAUGUCUUCCUGGUUGAUGUGGCCGGCGGCCAAGGAUAUUGGUCGCAGCAGUUUCGCCAAGAGUUCAAAGAUUACCCCGGUCGCAUCGUUGUCCAGGAUCAGCCACAUGUCAUCACCAAGCUUGACGGUAUUGAGACGAUGGCUUACGAUUUCUUUACGCCACAGCCAUUGGUUGGCGCAAAAAUCUACUACUUCAAGCAGAUCCUCCACAAUUGGGAUGACGAGAAGAGCAGAAGCAUCUUGAAGAAUACGGCUGCCGCUAUGAACAAGGACUCGAUUCUGCUCAUCAACGAUUACGUCCUGCCAGAAUCCAACGUCGGCAUUCGCGCAGUCUACAUGGAUAUCGCAAUGCUUGUCAUGCUUUCGGGGAUAGAAAGAACCGAGUCACAGUGGACACAAUUGGUGGAGUCAGCAGGUCUGGUUAUUACAAAGAUUUGGUACACGGAUGAAAAGAAGAAUGAAGGGUCGGAAGCCGUUAUUGAGAUCCGCCUCCCGGAGCAUCUGCAAUAA